UAGGCUCCCUUUUGCACCAUUUUCUACAACUUGCAUUUAAUCUAGCGGCUAAAUUCGGUGACGUUUGGGGUACCGAAAUUCACAGAUGCUCAAGUCCCAUUAUAAACAACAACAACAACAACAAUAAUAAAUUAAAAUAAUCUAGCAGCUAAAGUCCCCAAAUUUUGAGUUUAAAACUUUCGCUGAGCAUUGAUAAAUCCAACUGUGGCAUCCAAACAAAAGUGACCAAACGCAACGAUUUGCGACUGUUUGCAACUAAAAGCAACUCCUAUUUGCAAACUCAGUGAAUAGUGAAACUCAGUGAAUUGGUGCAAAUGAUUUUUUUCCUGCAGUUCUAGGAAAGCGAAGGAAAUUUUCAUUUUGGACGGCCAGAUCUAGACACAAAUCGUUGUAACGUCUGCCGAAUUCCCAAUUUAGAAAUAGUUCCAAAUUCAAAGAUUAAACCGGCCAUCGCUGCAGAAUUAAUACAGUUUGACGGUGCUUCAACUGCCAUGGCUCAAUGCUAUAGGAUCCUGGGAUUUGUCGUUUGGCAAAUGACAAAUCCCAGAAUGUCAUGGCAUUAAUCCAGUGUCAAAGUGCAUUGUUUUUGUAGUGCAGAUCCAAUUUGAGAGAGGCAGCUCUGUGUUUCCUUUUUGCAAGAGUUCAUCUGGUCUCUUUAGACCCAGAAAUGGGAUUUUUGGAGACCCGUUUCUUGGAUUUGCAAGAAUGCAAAUCUUUGUGAAAUGCACAUUUUAGCAGCAGAAGCGUCUGCCACCUUAAGAGUAAGGACUUCAUGGCUAUGGAGAAUAGAUGCGGCUUUCAAGAACCGACCCCAAAGCUAUUAAUUUUGCCAUUUUAUUAUUAAGACUGGACACUUUGCACAAAACCCUGAGCUGUUUCUCCCUGGAGUUUAUCAUAUAAGUCGCGCAUGGUGCCACGGACGCGGCGGGCACCGAAGGCGGCACAAAGGAGAACGCAGAGCGCACGUCAAGGAGAGUAAGAAAACAAAUAAAGGAGGCAGAAGAGAGGUUUGGACGAGCGACAUUUAGAAACCUCUGGAUGGAUUGGAAUGGGGAAAUCCACUUGCUUUGCGGGGUCACGACGGCAUUCCCUAAAUGCUGAAAUCGUCAUUAAAACGUUCUUCCUUCUCUUGUUCUGUAAACAUGUUUAUUCCCGCUGCAAGAUCCUGCGCUGCAACUCGGAGUACGUGGCCUCCACCCUCAACCUGCGCGGCCCCAACAAGAGUGCCGCCUACUGUCAGGCCUUGCGCUCCUACUCCCGAUGCACCCGCCGGACCUCCCACGCCUGCCGGGGGGACCUGGCCUACCACUCCGCCGUCCAUGGUAUUGAGGACCUCAUGGCCCAGAACCACUGCGCCAAGGAAGGGCCCACCUCGGCUCCCCAACCCCCGGCCCCGGCCCCCAACCGCCAAGCCACAGCCGCCCUGGACAUCUGCGACUAUGAGAAGAGCUUCGCCCACAAGCGGGGCCGGCCCCCCACCUACCAGCACUGCGCCAUGUUCGGGGACCCCCACGUCCGGACAUUUGGGGACGAGUUCCAGACCUGUCGCGUGGAGGGCUCCUGGCCACUCCUGGACAACAACUACUUGUUUGCUCAGGCCACCAGCUAUCCAGUGGCCAAAGGGUCCGACGCAACGGCUACUGGGAAGCUGACCAUCAUCUUCAAGAACAUGAAGGAGUGCAUUGACCAGAAGGUCUACAAGGCUGAGGUGGACAAUCUGCCAGCGGCGUUUGAGGAUGGAUCGGUCAACGGCGGUGAGAGGCCUGGAGGGAACAGCUUGAUCAUCCACGAGCGCAUCCCCGGGCGCCACGUGGAGAUCCGGGCGGCCUACAUCGGCACCACCAUCGCUGUGCGCCAGGCAGGGAGGCAGCUCUCCUUCUCCAUCCGGGCGGCUGAGGAGGUGGCCCAGUCCUUCACCGAGGAGCAGGAUCUCCAGCUUUGCGUGGGAGGAUGUCCUCCUAGCCAGCGCAUCUCCCGCAACGAAUGCUGCUGUGGCGGCAAUAGCACCGCCAUCCCUGCCGAGAAGGCCCACCGGCUCUGCAAGGAGAAGCUGCCGGUGGAGGACCUCUACUUCCAGUCAUGCGUCUUUGACGUGGCAACCUCUGGAGAUGCCAACUUUACGCUGGCGGCGCACGGCGCGUUGGAAGACGCCAAGGUCUUCCACCCGGAUGCAAGGAAGCUCCACAUCUUCCAGACGGACGCAGCUUCUUGGACCGUUGGGGGUCCGUCUUCCUUGGUCCUUGUCGCGUUGGCCUUUUUGCUUUCCCAAGGGUCAGUUGGAUUGUAUGCCUAAGAUGGCAGACAUGGUUGAUUUCCAUCAAUUUGGAGAGAAGACAAGGUUAACCAUGAGCCAAAGAGGGGUCAAGAUGGAGUGCCCAAAGUGGACACUGUGUUGGUUUUAAGUUUUACUACGGUGAGAAUCACAACUGGUUUUGCACCUUCUCCGAUCAUCUGGAAGCAUUGCCAAGGCAUUGAACUGGGCAGGUUAUUCCGACUUGACAAAUCCUAUUUUUCUCACCAUAAAAAUCCUCAUUUUGGAUGGAAAAAGAACUCCAGAGCCACCAAAGGAAAUUGAUCUCCAAAGACCUGGAUGAGGACCCUUGUUAUCAAUGUUCCAUUUUGCAAAAACAGCGUUUCUUGGAAGGAUGCCUCUUCAUCUGUUGCAAUGAUUCGGUGGUCCCUUCGUAACUGGAAAAAGUAAGGCCUCUCCGAAGCAAAUACCAACUCAAAUGCAGUAAUGUUGACCUGCAGAAAUGAAUGAAAUGCUGAGGAGUCAAAGCUGGGAUUGGGAAUCUGUUUUCUGGAACACAGAAUCCAAUGGACACAAACAGUUGGUGACUUGUGAACGGAAGACAAGAGAAGUUGGCAUUGCCAGUUUGCAAGUGGUUUGAUGGAGACGUCUUCAUUUCCAGUUUGUGCAAUGGACCCCUAUUCCUACACAAACAAACCCACACAAAGUUUUCUCUGACCAGUUUUAGGCCCAAGAUACACCAAACUGGAUCUUUUUGUACCCCAAAGCAAAGAGAUAAUAUCAAAAUGCAUGCAGAAUGGAUGAGCCUUUUCUCUAUCAACAGUGUCAUCCAUUCUCUUAAAAAUGUCAUCUUCUGUAUUCUUGGACUAACUACUUGCAAGGUCCUUUUCUAGAGCAAAAUAUGGCAUUGGUAGUCCUUGCCUUGGACUCAUCGCCUUUGUUUGUAGGGUCUUCAUAAACCAAAAUGGGUUUGGAAGCACUUCGUGACAACGAACCGUAUCUCUGUGUAGCUUCUGUCUCAUGAACGACAUGGAAAAGUAUUCAGGAAUGUAAAUGCAGAAAAGAAAGUGAAAUAUUUAAUAUAUUAAAGUGGAAGAGUUUUAA